GUAGCGCAACACGCUGUUUUCGGGAUCAGGACUUUGGCGUUUACGUGCGGACUACGUCGCUGAUUGUCUGCUUUUUUUCUCGUGCUAUUUGGAGUGACGGUCUGUCAUAAAAGUGUGACCAUUACAAAAAUAACCCCCAAAGCCACCGUGAAGGGACUGCCGCCUGCUGAGAGGCGGCCUGGGGUUUAGGACGACCGACGUGCGGUGCAGGAGGAAAGAACCCGCCUUUAAUUCGAAAGACGGCCGGGUAGGACGCGUUUUCCAUUUCGCUAAUAAAAUUUUCCUCGCAUGAUUCGGUCACGGCCUGUCGCAUCGUUGCGGUGUUCUAUUUCGCAGGUUUAGAAGCUUUACGAGGAACGAGUGGACUACGGAGUGUGGCGGUGAUUAGCGUUGGUGUUUUCGGUGGAUUGUUCCGAGAAUGGUGGAGCUGCAUGUCCUGCAGGGUUGGCGCAUGAAUUGCGUCUGCUGUGUCCCAGGUGGGCUUUAGAAAGCAAGAUACGUGUGUUUGUCGUGGCCGUACUUAGUGGUGGAUAUUUAGUGGAAAGCCUGAAUGUAGUGCACCGGGGAAGCAUUGCUUUGAGUUGUGAUGCAAUGGAAAAAGCUUCCGCACCGACAGGAAGCACUUGCAAAACGCUGUGAGAGAGAAAUGACGAGGAAGGGUGGUGCCAGUUGAGACGAAUACGCUCAAGCAGCAGUUAGUGAAGUGUUUUGGGUACUGAAGGAAUAUUCUGACGAGAAGGGAAAAGUGACGACAGAGAAGAAAAGUUGAAUAGAGGUUUCGUUUCAAGUGGUCCUUUUUACUGAAUGAUAUUCGACUGGAAGAGACGACGAAAGCACACAUCAUAGUGACUCAUAUUUGGGAACCGUUUGUUGAGCUACCGGAGCAGUGAACCAAAAAUUUACAAGAUCAGAAUUUCCGAAUUCACGUACAACAGUGGAAACGGGCGGUUCACAUGUGAUGCCGGCGUUGAAAUUUAUGGCACAGAAACGACCAUUUACCAUGUAGUUGCCAUUGCGGCAUGUUCACGAGAGCAUCAUUGCAUUCAGCCGACGAGCCGCAAUUGUGACGUCAUAAAGCCGUCCAAGGGAUACGAACUCAACGGCACCGCCACCGCAGCCGAAUCCGGGUUGUUGAACUAAGGGGACAACUUGUGCAGAAGCUGAAAAUGAAAUUUAAUGGUUUCGUGAAUGUUUUAUGCUGCAAACUGGUGCUAAUUAUUAAUUUAGCCGAUGGAAAGCUGAUGCACGAGAAGGACAAACACGAACCUUACAACGUGGACGGCGUGGAAGGACGCAGUAUCGAGUUACAAUGCCCAAUUACGGUUCCACUGUUCGAAGUGAGCAUGGUGCUAUGGUUCAAAGACAACGCUGGGAUUCCACUGUACAGCGUGGACGUACGUGACAGAGUUGGACGGGAACCGGCACACUGGUCAGCGCCUGAAGUAUUUGGCUCACGUGCCAAGUUCAAUAUUGAUAAAUCACCUGCAUCGCUGCUGAUAAAGAACCUGAGACGCCACGAUCAGGGAAUCUACCGCUGCCGGAUCGAUUUCCGGACAAUUCAAACGCAAACGUACCGGUACAACUUGUCUGUUAUAGUGCUACCGGAGCAACCAGUGGUUCUGGAUCGCUGGGGACGGCUGAUGAACGGGACCAAGCUCGGACCCAAGGAGGAAGGCGACGACGUUGUUAUCACGUGCCGCGUUUCGGGAGGUCGACCACAACCCGAAGUGCGGUGGUUGAUCAACGGGAUAAUUGUGGAUGACCAGUACGAGCAAAAUUCCGGCGAUAUAAUCGAAAAUCGGCUGCUGUGGCCGACAAUCCAGCGCAGCGAUCUAAAUUCGAUAUUUACCUGCCAGACCAUGAACACCAAGCUCGUCGAAGCGAAAGAAACCAGUUACGUGCUGGAUUUACACUUAAAGCCGCUGUCGGUGAAAAUAAUUGACCCACCGCAAGCGCUGGUAGCGGAAAAUCGCUACGAAGUGUCCUGCCGAAGUUGGGGCUCCCGGCCCCACGCCAUCAUCACCUGGUACAAGGGCCGGCGUGAGAUGACGCACACCAAGGACGAUACCCAGAACCACAACAACACCAUCUCCACGCUUGUCUUCUCGCCGAAAAUCGAUGACGAUGGCAAAAAUAUGACAUGCCGAGCGGAAAACCCCUCCGUCAAGGGAUGGUUCCUGCAAACCACCUGGAAAAUGAACGUCGUCUAUGCUCCACUCGUUUCGAUCCAGCUGGGAUCGACGUUGGUUGCGGACGACAUAAAGGAAGGGGACGACGUUUACUUUGAGUGCCACGUGAAGUCGAACCCUUCCUGGAAGAAGCUGCUGUGGUUCCACGAUGACACGCUACUACUGCACAACGCUUCCGCCCGGAUCAUCCAAACCAAUCAGAGCCUGGUGCUGCAGAAGGUGGCGAAACAGUCGGCCGGAUAUUACGCUUGCAGUGCAAUCAACGGCGAGGGGGAAACCGUCAGCAAUCAGCAGUUUCUUCGGGUGAAGCAUGCUCCGGUGUGUGGCCACGAGAGAGUCGUCCUAAUUGGUGCAUCGAAAAACGAAAAUAUGGAAAUUUUAUGCGAGAUUUAUGCAGAUCCACCAGCCAGAUCUUUCCAUUGGCGGUUCAACAACUCUGCAGAAAUUCUCGACGUGGACUCGCACCGCUACUCGAACCAUGGGAAUUUCAGCGUGCUACAGUACACUCCCGUAUCAGAACAGGAUUACGGAACACUCUCCUGCUGGGCUUCCAACGAAAUCGGAGUGCAAACCGAGCCGUGUUUGUUCCACGUGAUUUUAGCCGAUCUUCCAUCCCCGGUAACGAACUGCACGCUCUACAACCGAACGCAACAGUUUGCUGAGCUUCAGUGUGCACCCGGCUAUGACGGCGGUCUACCGCAGAUGUUUAUGCUGGAAUUAGUCUCCAAGAGGACCGGCACCAGAAGGUUCAACUUUUCCAACAAACACGAACCAUACUUCAUGCUGGAUCACCUGGGGAAGCUCACCGCUCUGAUGGCGGCGGAAAACAACUCCCUGUCUUGUAUAGUCUUCGCCAUCAAUCAGAAGGGGACCAGCCGGGGGGUAGUCAUACCCAAUUUCGAAAUCGGCCACGUCCACCCGUUCCAAUCAGCUAGCAAACACUCGACGGAAUGGCUUCCAAUAGCACUCGGCGCCCUGCUUACCGUCAUAAUAUUGGCUCUCUCAAUUUCCACCAAAGCAUACUUUAGCCAGUGCUGGAUCAGCUGUCGUCGCCAGAGCGAAGUGGACCAACGGAAUGAUAUGAAAAUCGCACAACAAACAAAAAAUAUUGUGAUAUCCGACGAUUUCGAGUGCGGUACCAACUGUUUGAAGCGAAAAAGCACACAAACGCACAACCACCAGUACCAGCAGCAACAGCAGCAGCACAGGAGUAGCCUGCGAAAGAAAAACGCUCCGAAGGAUGCCAAUGAUGACGAACCGGACCCGGAUGUUAUUCCAGCCCAGUUCAAUAUGAUUUCGUCUUCUCCGAUGAUAUCCACUCCGAUGCUUGGAUUGAGGGAAAAGAACGACAGCUACGCAUUCGCCAACUAUUCGGCAAGUUCGUACUACCCUAAUCCGAUAGACCUAACCAAUCUCGGAACCGGCCUGGGAUUGGACUGUCCAACAGCGUCCUUCGUGGUGGGAGGCCACCCGGUAGCGAUGGCACUGGAGAGCAGUGGCGGCGGUGGCCAUCAUCCCGGGCUUGCACUCAACGGUCCGAUCCAACAUCCGAGUGCAACUGCCACGGCUUCCGCCUGCAUCAGCGGCCCCACCACCACAACCACCAUCAGUGGGUCCGAUCUGGACAUCAAUGUGAUUAAGGAUCGCCUCAUGACAACACGUGUACCGGAGAGCUGUGUUUGACCGGUGACGAACGAAGUCGUCCAGCCUUGUUUCACUCGAUUUUCCAACAUAAACGAGGCGAUGCAGCAGCGGCGGUGGUCAGCAACAACAUAUCUCUUUCGCUUGGAAUCGUCGCUGUACGUUCGACAUGUCUUUUCGUCCGGUGUGUUGAAAAGGUGUACCAUGUACUGUGAGCCCGUUAGCAUAGUAGAGUGAAGUCUUACCGAGUAUUUUAGGAGAUUAAAGUAUGUUGUACCGAUUUGUAA